CCGGCACCGCCAAACGGCACUUGCAUCUCGCAUCGGUGUGUCACCAGGAUGCAUAUUAUUUUCACAGGUUGCCGAUUGCCUGCCAUCAGUCAUCACAAUCAUCAUCACCAGUACCAUGGCACCACCACCAGCCUCCGAAGAAGACCCGCCGCAGGUGGACGCCCCCGAGAUUGUUGCAAUCGGCAAGCUGGAAGAAGCAUCCUGCAAUGAUGUGGAGGCGCAGGCAGAAAUGCAUGAAGUCGUCGAGCCAACCAAGACCUCGGAAUCUUCAUUUGACACGAUGAAAGACUUUUCGUUAGAGUCCCUCCCGAACAACUUGAACAAUUGCAGCUUGACGACAAAGAAAAAUGGUGUUGUCGUAAUUGGAAAUCUAGAUGACAGCAUCUGGAGUCGCAUGGCGCAGGCAUCCGUCGAAGGACGGAAUCAAGACAAGUGUGGUCGAUGCUUCACCAGAACCGAUUCGACCAUGGUGAUUGCCACCUGUCUGGGAGUGAUGGGCCUAAUAGGUGCGAUUGUCUUUCUGGCUCUGACGGGUCGACUGGAAGCGUCCAACCCGGACGAGUAAUGGGAUGGUCUCCUGAUGACUCGUCUCCUUUUCUCAAUCCACACAUGGCUGGCUACGAUAGCCGCCACACUGCGACAACUCAGACUGUAAAGUCUUCUUUUUCUGGGUGCCCCGGUUCUUCUUCUAGCUCCUGCCUCCAGACACUCCUCUUUCAGUGAUCAUCUAUCACGCUGACUGUAUUGGAUAAAUUACUGUCUGUAGCUAUCUAUCUAUCUA